CCAAUGGAAUCCAUGCAUGAGAAGGGCAUGUCGGAUGACCCCCGCUACAACCAGAUGAAGGGGAUGGGGAUGCGGUCAGGGGGCCACGCAGGGAUGGGGCCUCCACCGAGCCCCAUGGACCAGCACUCCCAAGGUUACCCCUCACCACUGGGUGGCUCCGAGCACGCCUCUAGUCCGGUUCCAGCCAGUGGCCCAUCCUCAGGCCCACAGAUGUCGUCUGGACCAGGAGGGGCCCCGCUGGAUGGCGCUGACCCCCAGUCUUUGGGGCAGCAGAACCGGGGCCCAACACCAUUUAAUCAGAACCAACUGCAUCAGCUCAGAGCUCAGAUCAUGGCCUACAAGAUGCUGGCCAGGGGGCAACCCCUGCCUGACCACCUGCAGAUGGCAGUGCAGGGCAAGCGACCGAUGCCCGGGAUGCAGCAGCAGGUGCCAACACUACCUCCACCCUCUGUGUCUGCAGCAGGACCUGGCCCUGGCCCUGGCCCUGGCCCUGGACCAGGCCCAGGCCCAGCACCUCCAAAUUACAGCAGGCCCCAUGGUAUGGGAGGGCCCAAUAUGCCACCCCCAGGACCUUCAGGAGUGCCCCCCGGUAUGCCGGGCCAACCCCCUGGAGGGCCUCCCAAGCCAUGGCCUGAAGGACCUAUGGCGAAUGCUGCUGCCCCCACAAGCACACCUCAGAAGCUGAUCCCCCCUCAGCCUACAGGCCGUCCCUCACCUGCACCCCCUGCUGUCCCGCCCGCUGCCUCUCCUGUGAUGCCACCCCAGACGCAGUCGCCAGGGCAGCCGGCCCAGCCUGCCCCCAUGGUACCGCUACACCAGAAGCAGAGCCGCAUCACUCCCAUCCAGAAACCCCGGGGCCUGGACCCUGUGGAGAUUCUGCAGGAGCGGGAGUACAG